AUGAGAUUAAUACCUUUUUACACUUUACUUAUAGUACUAAUAUCCCAAUUAUGUUCGUAUAUACUAGCACAACAAGAUACCACCACUACACCGAAUACUAAUACCGAUACAACCACCACCAAUACAAAUACCGAUACAACCACCACCACCAAUACAAAUACCGACACAACAAACACUGCUACAACUUCUACAUCUACCUCCUCUUCGUCAUCUUCUACUUCCAACUCUACUUCCAGCAGCGUUUCUGAUGCUAAUGCACGUCAUUUAAGAACAUCGUCUUUAUUAACGUGUAUGCAAAAUUCGAAAUUUACUGCCACUCUAUUUGAUGUUGCAUUUUAUCCUGGAAAUAACUCCGUCGUUUUUGAUAUAGAAGCCACUACCACUAUUGCAAGCAAAGUUAAACUUGAAAUAGAAGUUAUUGCUUAUGGUUUAAAUAUUAUACAAAAGUCUAUGGACCUAUGCUCUUUAAAGGUGGAUAGUAUUUGUCCUUUGAGUGCUGGCAGAAUUGAUGUUAGCGGUAGUUAUACCAUCAAUAGUGAUAUUGUUAAACAAAUUCCAGGUGUUGCCUAUACCAUUCCUGAUUUGGAUGCCAGUGUCAGAGUUUUGGUUUAUGAUACAGAUGAUGACGAUGAUACUUCCGCGUUAGCCUGCGUAGAAGCUAUUUUAAGCAAUGGGAAAACUGUUCAAACAAAAUAUGCAGCAUGGCCAAUUGCUGCUGUUUCAGGUUUGGGUGUUUUGACUAGUGGAUUUAUCUCCGUUAUGGGCCAGUCGUUAACAGCUGCUCAUAUUGCAUCUAAUUCGAUUUCUUUGUUUGUUUAUUUUCAAAACUUGGCUAUAACAGCCAUGAUGGCAGUUUCACGUGUUCCACCUAUUGCAGCUGCGUGGACCCAAAAUUUCCAAUGGUCAAUGGGCAUAAUUAAUGUUGAAUUUAUGCAAAAAAUUUUAAAAUGGUAUGUUCAAAGUACCAGUGGUACUUCCUUAAAUAUUAUUCCAUACCAGGAUGUACUAUCCAUUUCUGUUCAAAAAAAGAGGAAGAGAUCCAGUUAUGUCUUGGCCAAAAAUAUUUUUGAUUCUCUUUCAAAAAGAGCGGUUUCUUUGAGCAGCUCUGUCAGCGAUAAUAUUUUUGAUGAUAGUUCCUUGUAUACUGAAAAUGAAAAAAACGCUACUGCUGUUGCGUCGAAAAUUUUACUUUUAAGGGGUAUUGAAGCAGUAGCCUUUAAAGCUGGUAUAGAAUUAUCGAAUGUUUUCUUAACAGGCAUUGUCUUUUUAUUAUUUUUUAUUUUUUGUAUUGUUGUUGGACUGAUUUUUUUUAAAAGUCUGGUUGAGUUAUUUUUUAGAACAGGCAUUAUGAAUUCUCAAACUUCCAAAUUUUUUGAAUAUAGGCGGGCCUGGGGAAGUAUUAUUAAGGGAACUUUAUACAGAGUGGCUAUUAUUGCUUUCCCACAAGUUACUCUUUUAACUAUUUGGGAAUUCACUGAAUUUGAUAGUGUUGCUUGUAUUGUUGAUGCAAUUGUAUUGUUGGCCAUCUUUGUUAUAUUGCUAUCUUAUGGAUCGAUAAAGGUUAUUAGAAGAGGUUUUGAAUCAUCAAAGUUAUAUAAGAACCCUGCUUACUUAUUGUAUGGAGAUGCUAAUUUUUUGAACAAAUUCGGUUUUCUUUAUGUUCAAUUUAAAGCAGACAUGUAUUGGUGGCUACUUCCAUUAUUGUCUUAUUCUUUAUUAAGAUCUAUUUUUGUUGCCGUUUUACAACAACAAGGCAAAGCACAGGCUUUAAUUAUUUUCAUUAUUGAAAUUAUAUAUUUGGCAGUUUUGUGUUGGAAAAGACCAUACAUGGACAAGCGGACCAAUGCUUUUAAUAUCUGUAUUCACGUUAUUAAUUCCCUGAACAGUUUAUUUUUUUUAUUCUUCAGCACUUUGUUCGGCCAACCACAAGUUGUCUCUUCUGUAAUGGCUGUCGUUUUAUUUGUUUUAAACGCCGUUUUCGCUUUAUUUUUAUUGAUAUUCACGAUAGUUACAUGCUGUUUGGCAUUACUACACAGAAACCCAGACACUAGAUACCAACCAAUGAAAGAUGAUCGGGUUUCCUUUAUACCAAGAGUCAUGACUAACGAUGAUGGUACCGUUGCUGUCGAAUUAAAAAACUUGGGUAAAGUUGCAAUGACAACUAAUGAAACAGAAGAUCAAUUAGCCGAAAGAAAUAACGCAUUUAUAAAGCAUAAUAAUAUGAGUAGUAGAAAAUUAUUACUUGACGAAGAAGAAGGAGAACAGGAAUUAACUCGUGAAAAAUCCUCCGAUGAUCUGAGUAUUAUACAUACAUUGGACGAUUCAAAUAGCACUUUUAGUUCCAGACAACUGCCAACAAGUGCCAUAUCGGGAUUCACUAACACUCAUGGGAACAGUAGCAGAUCUACACAAGAUGCAUAUCAGAAUUUUACAUCUUAUUCCAACUUUCAAAACAAUAACAAUAACAACAACAACAAUAAUAAUAGUUAUAGAGGACAUAAUUAA